AUGUUGCAAGCUGUGUCGGGUUCGUUGGACAUCGCGCCAUGCUUGUUUCCCACAGAGAACCUCCAGGAGCGGAGGUUCAAAUCCAUCCGACUGAACCUGUCCGAUUCCAGCCCGAUCGUCAGCGAGGUGCUUCUGCGCGCGUGGGCGGUCGUCCUGCGAUACUAUGUGGGCAGCGAUACGAUUGCGUUUGGAAGAGUCGAUGACACCGACUCUGCAUCGCGAUUCGCAGUCUGUCAUGGCGACAUCCCUGCUUCUGCUGCGUUGGAAACAUUGCAGGUUUCACACGGUUCAGGCGAGUCAAAUAGCUCGUCUUUUUCAGAAUGGAUCGCAUCAAAUACCUUUAACACCCUUGUGUGGAAGAGCGCGAGCCCUUCCCUUGAUUAUCUGGAGAACACAUCGUGCUCUCUUGCCCUCUUAAUUUCCGAUACCCCCUCCUUAGCCUACGCUUCCAAUACUAUUGGCGAGAACGUCGCCACCGCUGCGGCUGAAGGCGUGGCUCAUGUGGCCAGUAUAAUUACCGAUUCACCUCAAACCACGAUUGGCGCAGUAGAUCUUUUUGGUCCUGCGUCAUGGUCCCAGCUCGAAGAGUGGAACGCAAACGUCCCCGAAGUGAUUGAGGAGUGUAUGCAUGAAAUCAUCGACCAACAAGCGCAGACUCGUCCCGAAUUCACAGCAUUGGAGUGCUGGGAUGGCUCCGUAUCGUACGCGCAACUGGUAGACUACACUGACCGACUGGGCAACUUUUUGAUCUCCCAAGAUGUUGGCCCUGAAGUCUUUGUGCCGGUCUGUUUCGAUAAGUCUCUAUGGGCCGUAGUCUCCAUGCUGGGUGUCUUGAAGGCUGGCGGUGCCUUUGUGUGUAUUGACCCGGCUCAGCCAGUAGAUCGAUUGCAGACGAUCAUAAGCGAAGUAGAUGCGCAGAUCGCGAUGGGAGCUCCAGCUUACCGCGACAUGCUCUCCGGCAUGACUUCGAACGUCAUCUCUAUCGACGCCGAUUUCAUCCUCCGCCUUCCUACCUCCUCCUCUCUUCCUCGUCGUGCCUCCCCCCACGAUGCCGCUUUCGCCAUCUUCACCUCCGGCAGCACGGGCAAGCCCAAGGGUGUCGUGCACGAGCACCGCGCUAUGUGUUCCAGUGCCAGACGACACGCUGCUAAAAUGAACAUUGACAGCGAAACCCGCACCUUCCAAUUCGCCUCAUAUACGUUCAUCGUCAACACAUUUGAGCUGUUUACUCCCUUGGUGGAAGGCGGCUGCGUCUGUGUCCCCUCUAAGGAGGAUCGACUGGGACGCACCGCAGGCGUCAUGCGCGACUUGAACGCAAAUUGGGCAUGCUUAACCCCGUCCUUCCUUCGAUCCAUUAAACCCGAAGACAUCCCACAGCUCCGGACCCUCCUACUGGCCGGAGAGCCCGUCCAACAAGACAGCCUAGACACCUGGCGCAGUCGGGUGACGAUGAUAAACAUGUACGGUGCCUCCGAGGCUUCGGUUUGCGUGACUGGAGACUUGUCGGGCCAAGUUGAGCGAUCAACUAUUGGAACUGGUACUGGUUGCAUAACCUGGGUCGUGGAUCCUAUGGACCAUGAUAGACUCGCCCCUCUGGGAGCAACCGGUGAGCUAGUCAUCGAGGGCCCAAUUCUCGGUCGCGAAUAUAUACACCAGCCUGAGAAGACGGCUGACGUUUUCAUCUCCGGCACACCUUGGAUGGAGAAGAUGCGCGGCAGCGUGCCAUCGCGUGCAUACAAAACCGGAGAUUUGGUUAGAUAUGGAACCGAUGGCCGCAUCAACCUUGUCGGCAGAAAGGACAUGCAGGUCAAACUGAGAGGUCAGCGAAUCGAGCUGGAAGAGGUCGAGUUCCACCUGCGACAGGUUCUCCCUCGAGGUACCGAGGUCGCAGUCGGUCUGGCAAAGCCCGUUGACCAGCCCGACCGACCCAUGCUCGCCGCAUUCGUCGCCAUGAAAAAAGCGUUCGGCGACAACUUUUACCCUGUCGACGAGGACGUCGCCGGACAGCUUGAAUCUCAGCUGACUGGCUGGAAGAGCAAGUUGGCCGACUCUGUCCCCGGGUACAUGGUCCCAUCCGCCGUUGUUAAGCUGAACCACAUGCCCUUGACCGCGUCCGGAAAAACCAACCGCAAGGCCAUCGGCGACUUUUCCUGCACGCUUACUGUGGCUGAGUUAACCGGGGCGGCGAAGAAGGACCACAAGGAGCCCGCGACAAGCACCGGCAAGGUGUUGCGUAGCAUGUGGGCGGAGGCGUUAGGCUUGAAGGAAGAAGCCAUCUCUGCCGACGACAGCUUCCUUCAGCUUGGAGGAAACUCCAUCGAUGCCAUGAAGUUGGUCAAUUUGGCCCGGAACGCAAACAUCAAGCUCAGCGUGGCAGAGAUCUUUACCCACCCAGUUCUGGAUGAGAUGGCCGAAGGCGUGUCGCAGCUGGAUUACCAGACCUUUGACGACAUCCCAUUCUCCCUUGUCAACGAGAAUGUUGAUGGUCUGGUGAAGGAGGCCGCCGCGCAGUGCCAGGUCACUCCAUUGGAGAUUGAAGACUUGUACCCAUGUACCGCAAUGCAGGAGGGUCUGAUGGCCCUCUCGGAUAGCCGAGAUGGCGCCUACGUGGCUCAUCACACGCUCGCUCUGAGCCCUGCUGUCGAUGUGAAUCAGUUCAAGCGCGCCUUCCAGGAGGUUGUGACCGCUCAUCCUAUACUUCGGACAUGCAUCGUCUACCCUGAACAGGCUGGCUCGCACCAAGCCGUUAUCAAGGGAGACAUCGAAUGGCGCACCGCUGAUAGCCUUGAAGGUUACAUGAAAAUGGACAAGCAGCGCCCCAUGAGGGCAGGCGAGCUCCUGACCCGGUAUGGCCUUGUUCCCCACGGAGAAGGAUGGACGUUUGUCUGGACCGUCCACCAUGCCGUCUACGAUGCCUGGACUCUGGACCUGACCUUCGAUCGUUUGGACAAGGCAUACAAGGGCCAGUCUAUGGAACGUGAUAGCACAUUCAAGGAAUUCAUGAGUCAUGUGGUUAGCACUGAUGCCAGCGCUACUAAGCAGUUCUGGCAAGAGUACCUGGCGGGUGCCACCCGGAACGAGUUCCCUUCGGCCGUUUCCACAUCCAAGCAGCCAGUGGCAGAUGCCUCUGUGGAGCAUGAAAUGACCAUUACUCGGACCGACGAGCUGGCCGGCAUCACUAUCGCCUCUAUGAUCCGCGCCGCCUGGGGAGUUCUCAUCGGCUCUCAUUCAGAAUCAGACGACGUGGUGUUUGGCUCCAUUGUCUCUGGUCGUAACGCUCCCAUUGCCAAUGCAGACCAACUCUUUGGACCUGGUAUCGCCGCAGUCCCCCUGCGCGUCAAGUUCCCUGAUAACGAUACUUUGACGAUCCGCGAUUUCAUCGGUGAGGUACAGGCUCAGUCUACGAAGAUGAUCUCGUUUGAACAAGCUGGUUUGCAAAACAUCAGCCGUGUGAGUGCAGCUGCCACCCAGGCCUGCGACUUCCAGACUCUCUUGGUGAUACAGCCCUUCAAGGAAAAGUACGUCCCAACGGACGAGAUUGACUUGCGAGCCGUCUCCGAUGUCGAUGCAAACUUUGGUACCUACGCCUUGACUCUGGAAUGCAGUCUCAAGUCCAAUGGGGCCGCUUUUGCCGCCCACUAUGAUUCCAGUCUGGUCUCCAAGGACCUUGUGCAGCGCAUCCUUGGUCAGCUGGAGAACCUUGUUCAACAGAUGUGUUCCGCCUCCGCGGAUAAGAAGCUGAAUGAGUUGGUCUUUAUCAGUGCUCAGGACCAGAAGAGCAUCCGCGAGUGGAACAAGCACAUUCCGAAGCCUAUCCACAAGACAAUCCACCAGAUGAUCGGGGAACGCAUCGCCGAGCGCCCAGACCGCGAGGCGGUAUGCUCUUGGGACGGCUCUUUUACUUACUCUGAACUGGACAAACAUGCUGCUCGUCUCACGCGAUGCCUUCGCCAAUUGGACAUCCAGCCGGAAACCUUUGUCCCGUGCUGCUUUGAGAAGAGUCGCUGGGCCUUGCCCGCCAUGCUGGGUGUCUUGCGUGCUGGAGGUGCCUUCCUCAAUCUUGAUCCAUCUCAGCCUGCCAACCGGAUUCAGCUGAUGAUCAGAAAACUUAAGGCGAAGACUGUCGUCUGUUCUCCCCAGCAGUACGAUCUGUGCCGCAGCAUGGGCGAAGAUCUCAACGUCGUUGUCCUGGAUGCUGAGACUCCCGAGGCAUCUCUUCCGGAUCUGCCUCCGGUUGACGUGAAGCCGGAUAAUGCUGCGUAUGUGAUUUUCACAUCUGGAAGCACUGGUGAGCCUAAGGGUACCAUCAUCCAACACGGCCACUUUGCCAUUGGUUCGGUGACGCAUGCUCCGGCGAUGUUGAUGGAUAGUAACACCCGAGCCCUGCAAUUCGCCUCCUGGACCUUCGAUGCCAGUAUCGUCGAGACAAUCACCAUACUGGUCAUCGGUGGUUGUAUCUGUAUGGCAUCUGAGGAGCAGCGAAAGCGGGAUGUGGCCGAGGCAGUUCGCAACACAAGAGCCAACUGGGCGGCGCUCACGCCGUCCUUUGUCAACCUCCUCAACCCUGACGAUGUGCCGUCAAUCAAGGCUUUGAUUCUGGCUGGAGAAGCCAUGUCUCAGUCUCACAUCGAAACAUGGGGUCACCGUGUGCGACUGGUCAACGGAUACGGCCCGUCGGAAUGCUGUGUUGCUUCCACUUCCAACAUUGAUGUGACGCUCAGCACCAGCCCACGUAACAUCGGACACAUGUGCUCGGGUGUUGCGUGGGUUGUUAUGCCCACCAACCACCACCGACUGGUGCCUGUUGGCAGUGUCGGAGAGCUGGUUCUCGAGGGCUGGAACGUUGGCCGCGGGUAUCUGGACGAGCCAGCCAAGACACAGGCUGCCUUUGUCGAGAACCCGUUGUGGAUGGACCUUGGCGGCGAGAUGAGAUCUCCUGUAGUCUACAAGACCGGUGAUUUGGUCCGAUACAAUGCCGAUGGAUCCCUCGAAUUCCAGCGCCGGAAGGACACCCAAGUCAAGCUGCGCGGUCAACGUGUCGAACUGGGCGAGAUUGAAUAUCGCAUCAAGCAGAGCUUGCCCAACAAGCCCGAUGCCGUCGUCGACAUUGUUUGCCCCAAGGACGCCUCUGAUCAGCCCCGACUGGUUGCAUUCAUCCCGGUGCCUCCUGAGGAGGCCCGCCGGAAGCCAAAUUCGAUCUUCAUGCUCAACCAGCCCGAGACAAUCGUUCCUGCGCUGAAUGAGCGACACUUGGCUUCUGUUUCUGGCCUCGAGGAUCGACUGUCAGACUUCCUUCCCAUGCACAUGAUCCCCAGUGCCUAUCUUCCGGUUUAUCAUAUUCCCAAGAUGCCCUCUGGCAAGGCAGAUCGUAAGACCUUGGUCAAAAUUGGAAGCGGAUUUACGCAUCGCCAGAUGGCUGAGUACUCUGGCGCCACUGAAGAUACUCGCCCGGCCACCACUGAGAUGCAGCUUACUAUGCAGCAAAUGUGGGCAGAGGUCCUGAAGAUGCCUGCUGCGCAGAUCAGCUUGAAUGACAACUUCAUUCGCCUGGGUGGUGAUUCUAUCACUGCCAUGCGAUUAGCCUCGGCGUCGCGUACUCGAGGCAUUCCCCUGUCCACGGCCACCAUAUUCCAGCACCCAACGCUUGAAGCCAUGAGCACCCUCGCUGAGUCUCUGUCGCAGCAACAGCUACCCCAGACCUUCGAACCCUUCUCUACCCUCAAGUCAAUAUCCAAGGAUAGGCUCCUUGACGACAUCAUUCUGCCCCAGGUCGGCGUGCCUGCGUUCCAGGUCCAGGAUGCCCUGGAGGCCACUGACUUCCAGUCACUCGCCAUCAAAGGGGGUCUCAACCAGACCCGCGGCUGGAGCAACUACUUGAUCUUUGAUUUCGAUGGGCCCAUUGACCUCCACCGAUUGCAGACAGCCUGUGAGAAGCUCAUCGCGCGCCAUGACAUCCUCCGCACUGUAUUCGUGUCUACUGGCUCAGCGCUGAUCCAGGUCGUGCUCCGCUCAGUCACCCCCGAGUACAGCCUGCACUACCAGGAUGAGCAAGACCCAACCGAGUCGCUCAUCCGCGAUGAUCUCGCCCGGCCGCCUCAUCUGGGCGAGGUUAUCGUGCGGUUCAUGCUUGUCAAGAACGGCGCCACUAAGCACCGACUGAUCAUGCGCAUUUCGCACGCUCAGUACGAUGGUGGUUCCAUGCCGCAUCUGAUGCAGGAUCUGCGUACUGCUUACCGCCGUGACGAAUUGCCCGAGAGAACCCAAUUCGGCGACUUCGUGCGCAUGCAGCUCUACAGCAGUGAGAACGCCGAGGCCUUCUACAAGGAAAUGCUCGCUGGGGCGAACAUGACCUCUGUCGUCUCGCACAGCACAUCAUCUACAACUAACGUGCUCAACACGAUGCUUGGGGAUAUGGUGCCUUUAGUGGCAUUCAAGAACCACGGCAUCACAUCUGCCACUGUCGUCAAGGCAGCAUGGGCCCUUGCGCUCGCCGAUAUGGCGGCAACACCGGAUGUUGUUUACGGACACAUGGUGUCUGGACGUAACCUGCCGCUCGACGGUGUGGAGUCUAUCAUGGGGCCAUGUCUGAACAUCGUGCCAGUGCGAGCCAACAUGACAGAGAUGACCACCGUCCUCGACCUGCUGCGCACCAUCCAGCAGCAGCAGACCGACACAAUCCCACAUGAGAGCAUGGGCUUCCAGCAGAUCAUCAACAAGUGCACCAAUUGGUCUACAGCAACUCGCUUCAGCACCGUCUUCCAGUACCAAGACUUCGGAGGCGAGGAAGCCGCCCCGGGCCAGCCGGUGAACUUUGAGGGUAUCCUCAAGUGUGCUCCUGGCUUCGUCUGUCCCUCGCCAGACGCCUGUGACAUAUCCAUUCUGGCCACGCCGGCUGGCGAUAAGAUCCGCAUCGAGAUGAUCUUUUCGAGCCAUGCCAUGUCGCGCGAGUUUGCUGAGGGCAUGCUGAAGAAGCUCGGCACCAAGCUGGCACUGAUCGCCAGUAACGUCGAUGGCCCGCUGGCUACACAACAGAUGCGUCUGCAAAAGCCUCAAAUCCCUCUUCCUGAACCGGGCCGCAAGAUCAUCCCUGCGCCUGCCGAUCCUCCUCGCAAGAGCAGUGGCCGUGGUCUCAGUGGCGUUGUUAAGGCUAUGGUGAACGGUAUCAACUCGCACCUCUCCCCCCGAGCAGCCCAGUUACUCCGACUAGCCCAACAUUGCCAACUAGCCCGGCCAGCCCAACUAGCCCGGACCGCCCGAUAA